UUACAGAUUCCUCAGUACAGACACCUGAGGACAUACAUAUAGCCUGGGACACUGGGUUUCAGAUUACACCUGAAGCUAUGAGAAUCUGGUGGGUCCUACUGGUGGCUGGAGUCAGCACAGAAGACCUAGUCUCACAGGGCAGCUGCGGGCAAGGGCAUCCUGGUAUCCCUGGUAGUCCUGGGCAUAAUGGCUUACCUGGAAGGGAUGGACGAGAUGGAGCAAAGGGUGACAAAGGGGACCCAGGUGAAAUAGGGCUUCCUGGGAACCCAGGGAGAGAUGGCCUAACUGGAGAAAAAGGAGAACGAGGAGCAGAUGGAAAAGUUGAAGCAAAAGGGAACAAAGGUGAACAAGGGCAGAGAGGAUGGCCUGGGAAAUAUGGACCAAAAGGAUUUAUUGGUCCCAUGGGAGACAAAGGUCAAAAAGGAGAGAUUGGGCUUCAAGGACGAAAGGGAGUGAAGGGUGAUGUGGGUCCAAUUGGGCCAAAAGGGAUAAAGGGUGAAGGUGGACCUCCUGGAGAUAUUGGUUUGCUUGGCCCUGUUGGUCCUAUUGGAAUGCCAGGCCCUAAAGGAGAUAUUGGUCCCAUGGGACCAAUAGGUGAGCCAGGAGUCCAAGGAAUGAGGGGCUGGAAAGGGGAUAGAGGAGAAAAGGGGAAAACUGGUGAUCCCCCCAUCUCACCAAAAAGUGCUUUUACUGUGGGUCUUACUGUGUUUACCAAAUUUCCCUCUUCAAAUUUGCCCAUUAAGUUUGAUAAAAUCUUUUAUAACAAACAGAAUCAUUAUAAUUCAACUAAUGGAAAAUUCACUUGCCAUUUUGAUGGAAUAUAUUACUUCACUUACCACAUCACUGUUUUCUCCAGAAACAUAAAUGUAUCUUUAGUUAAAAAUGGGAUCAAAGUGCUGCACACUAAAGAUGGCUAUCAUGGUAAUGAGGACCAGGCUGCUGGGGGCAUAAUCCUUGAGUUGAAGCUUGGAGAUGAGGUGUGGAUGCAAGUGACUGGAGGAGACAAGUUUAAUGGCUUGUUUGCUGAUGCAGAUGAUGACACAACAUUCACAGGCUUCCUUCUAUUUAGAGAUUAGUCAACUAGAAAAGUCCACACUCUCAAUCAUUUUUAUAUGAUGCUAUUUACUUUGGGGUUAACAUUCACUGAUUUUAUCUUAUAAUCGACAUUUUAAAAAAUGGUUUAUAUAUGUCUUUUGAUGUAGACAUCAGUGUUCCCAACUUUCCUCUAUGUGCUUAUAUUAUCCCUUAUAUUUAAAAAGCAAUCAAACAAAAUCAAUAAAUGCAGCGACCACAUAUGAGAGUACAUGCAACAUUCUGCUUUUCUGCCUCACUCAUUUCUACUAGAAGGGGAAAUGUGAAUCUCAGUAAUCUGUUGUCAGGGCAAGAUUGCUUAUUAUAAUUAUUCAAAGUUGUUUUUGUUUAUAUUAUUGCAUUCAGUGUAUGUAUUGUUCUCCUGGUUCUCUCUCCAUUCAUAUACAUCUUCUCAAGCUUUUCUUAAUUCCUAAAAUUUUAUUGUCUCUUAUAACAUAAUAGUGUUCCAUUACAUUUAUACACCACAAUUUUUUCAGAGCUAUUACUUGACUAUAGGUACCCUCUUUGUUUCCAGCUUUUUGGGUGCACACUAUUGUUGUUUGUAAUUGGCAUGAGUAUGUGUGAAAAGGGAAAACCAGGAAGCUUAUUUUUAGAAAUGAUCAUAACUGUUAAUUACUCUUUUCCCAAGAAUAAAUUUAGAAUCUCACACAA